AUGAUGCCUUCAAUGAUUCCAAUUGCCCGUGCGUCAUACGCCGACACUCUUCGAAACAAGACUAGCACACUCACCCCGGGAACUAAGCUUCCCGCAUCCGUCAAGGCUAAGGCCGUAUCCGGUGUUAUUGCUGUGGACGCGUUCCCUGAACCUAUUGCUCCGUCUAAGAUGGGCCAAUCUGACCCGAAUAAAGCAUCGGUGGGAAUGAUUAAACCCAUUACACGCAAAGCGUCUUAUGCUAGUGUGUUGAGGGGAGACACCGCCCGUGGUCAGAAGCUACCAUCACGCGUUGCUGUUAGCAGCACUACUCCCAUUGAGGUUAAUCAAGAUGAAGAGAAGCCUCAGGAGAUGGGGUCUUUUAUUGUUGUGGCUAGAAAGCCAGUUCCAGCUACUAAGCUCCCGAAGAAGAAAAAUGUCAUUCAUCGUGCCUUUGACUUUAUUGCAACCAGUGUCCUUCCUGCUAAAGCCCAGAAGAUUGAUGCUUUUAAACCAAUAAAUCAAUCUGAGGCCAAGAAAAGCUCCAAAAAUGUUCCAAUUCCAGAAUUGGGCGAGCUGCAAAAUAAUUCGAGUCGGGAAAAUAAAUUCUUCAAGACAGAGGCAACUAGCACAAUCCGUAAUACAUCCGAUGUUAUCGGUGUUGUUGCCCCGAAAAAUAUUCUAAAGGCACCAAUAAAGAACAAGUUGAUUCAAAAGGGGAAACCAGUUCCGCUUAAGAACCUCAGCACAAUCCCGUUGCCUCUUGCUGAAAAUGCAGUGAGAGAAGGGGGAGCACACAAGAAACAAUACAUGAUUCCCGCACCAGUCCAUGUUUCUGAGUCAUCCCGAGUUCCAAACGAGAAAAACUCUGAGAAAAAGAUUCAGAUCGAUCACACGAAUACUACAACUCCGACCUCAGAAAACCUUGAGGUCAGAGAGGUGGAGAAACCCAAACCGAAACCAGAGUUCAAUGAACGUGUUAAAAUUGUAGCUGCAGAGCUUCGGAGGAGAGCAGUGGUGGUUUCAAGCGCUCUAUCCCAGCCCUAUGGUGAAGAUGACAUCAGCUGGAUUCCAGCUCCCGCAACACCGAAAGCGAGUCCCAAGUCACUUGAAAACCAGGGUAGCAUUUACCCCAUAUUUGCUGCCAUAUCACAUAUCAUGCCAACCCCAUUGGCCCACAAGGAUAAAGGAAGCAAGAACCUUUACACACUUCUCGAUAUUCCACUCGAGGAUUCUCUCGACGAUCCUCUUGACCUCCCCACUUUCGAUGACUGUUUCGAUAAAAGAUCAGAUAUUUCGGUCAAAUCUUUCCGAAGGAGCAUCUCAACUCCUAGGUUCAGGGACCACUCACCUGUCCCUGAUCGACUAUCACUCAUACGCAAAGCAAAGGCCCCACUAAAUCCCAUUCCCAUGAAAGUGGAUGGCUCCACUCAUCAUACCUCUAUACCCACCCCACUAGACACAAGUGAUGUUACUACACGACUCUCAAAGCCUAUGGCAGCAACUAAAAAUCUUGCAUCUCAGAAUUCUGACAGAACCUCUACUGCCGUUGUCGACGUUAAAGGAACAGUGCUUCCCGAGGUCAAGUGUCAUAUAUCCUCUAACAGGCUCUUUCUAAAGAAAGAGAAGGGGCAUAUCCUCGAGGAAGUUGGUGCGGACUCAUUACCUAGAACACCAACACGACCGAGACUAGCGGGAGAUCGCGAAAAGUCUCCCGAAAGAAUGGUUGAGAUCAUACCUACUCUACUUGAUCAUUCAAAACAAUUGGAAGAAGAUCUUGAUAGAAUACUCGAGAGCUUCCGCCCGCCUAGUCCAGAGCCAUGGGAUUUUAUGGAAGAGUUGAGGAAGUCAGGAUCCGCUAAAAAAGUAACACCAACAAAAACAACGAAAGAUCCUUAUGAGCUGGCCGCAGAACUCUUGGCUGCUGAAAAGAAAGCAGUUUCCAGUGUCAAACCCAAAGUAGGUAGCGAAACAAUCAAUGUUGGAGGUCCUGAGAACAAAAACCAAGGAGAGCCCGGCAACAAAAUCUUAAGAUAUGAUUCGCCACCAGGAAUCGCGCACUCAAAAACACCAGCUACACCAAUCACUGCUAUACGGAUAUCUACGAAGCCAUUCCUACCUUCCUCUAAUAUACCACCCCCGAGCACUCCUACAUUUUUCCCAACACCCACACCAGUAACUACCACAGACCUGAGAAAUACUGGAAAUACCUUCAUAGGAUGUGAAACUCCCACUUCCACAACUCACUUGCAACAUGAACGCCGAGAACAAAGAUUAUUGAAAACAAUUCCACGUCACAAAAUUAUACUGCAGAGACCCCCGGUUACACCACGAAAGCACCUACCAAAAUCAAGAUUACCUCUUAAGCAAUUUCGUCCCCAUGAGCAAAACAAGGGAGUGAACAACAAACUUACUACUAACAAUACAGCAAAUAAACAGAUUUUCAAGAAAGACAAUGCAAGAGAAUUACCGCUUACCAAGAACCACAGCACCCCUAUCUACCCCGUCGCUAGUGAAAGUGAGAGGAAUCGAAGAACAUACCAUCCCCGAGUUAGCAAAGAGGAAAACCUGAAUAGGAAACAACACGAGGCCUUGGAAGACGGCGAUUAUAAUGAACAAGUGGCAAGUAUCAAAACUUGGACGGGAAUAGUAGCUAGAGAGACCAGAGAGGCAGCAUGCCUCAAUGGACUCUCUCCUGUACGCAAGACAUUAGACGAGUGGAAUUUCAUGGACCGUCUUUUUGAGUCAAAGAUUGCUGAAAUCCCAAGAAAACGUCUCGACUUCAACCCUAAAUGUCAUUUAUUACCACCUAGCUCUCCAAAUACACCAAUCAAAGGACAGGACAGGGAGAAGUUGGAGGGGAAGGAAGGAGGGAACUGCGAUGGUGAUAAUCUUACUAUAUGCUCUGCUGACUCUUUGGCUCUUACAGAAACCGGUUUUUAUCUAGAUAGGUGUGUUGGAAAAAAGGACGAAUAUCUUGACAUCGAUAUUGCCUAUAGCGACAUGUCUCUUGAUCAUAAUACCUUCCGCCAAACACUAGAGCUUCAGUUACUAUUUGAAAUGAUUAUCGAGAGAUCCGGCUACGAUGACUUUGAAUGCCUCUUAUGGGAAUUCGGAGAUAGUAACCUACUGCCACUUGUAUGA